AUGGAUACCUACGUAGCCAUCCAUGGCAAGAACAUAUCCCACAACCCCCUCUCCUCCACCCAAGCCAUGUCUAUCGACAAGCUCUUCCCGGCUCUCCUGGAGUGUUUUGGGAUCAUCCUGUGUGGAUACAUCGCCGGUAGGACCGACAUAAUCACCUCCUGUCAAGCUAAAGGACUGGGGAACUUUGUGUCUAAGUUCGCCCUUCCGGCGCUGCUCUUCAAGAACAUGGUUCUGUUGGACUUUAAUAAUGUGAUCUGGUCGUUCCUGUGGAGUAUCCUGAUAGCCAAGGUGUCGGUGUUCGUCCUGGUGUGUGUUCUGACGCUAUCCGUGGCCAGUCCAGAGAGCAGGUACAGCAAGGCAGGACUCUACUCCAUCUUCGCUACGCAGAGCAACGACUUCGCCCUGGGGUAUCCUAUUGGUGAGGAUAGUUGUCUUUUGGAAUGUGAUAGUAGUACAACAGGGCUAUUUUAUUUUGCUUUGGAAAGUUCAUCCUCUUUCUCAAAACAGUCCCAGCCGUUCCACAUACAGUGCAUUUGGAAAGUAUUCAGAUCCCUUCACUUUUUCCACAUUUUGUUACAUUACAGCCUUAUUCUAAAAUUGAAUAUUGUUUUUUCCCAUCAAUCUACACAAUACUCCAUAAUGACAAAGAGAAAACAGGUUUAGACAUUUUUGCAAAUUAUUACAAAUAAAAAACGGAAAUAUCACAUUUUCAUAAGUAAUAAUAAUAAUAUGCCAUUUAGCAGACGCUUUUAUCCAAAGCGACUUACAGUCAUGCGUGCAUACAUUUUUGUGUAUGGGUGGUCCCGGGGAUCGAACCCACUACCUUGGCGUUACAAGUGCCGUGCUCUACCAGCUGAGUUACAGAGGACCAAGGGUAUUCAGACCCUUUACUCAGUACUUUGUUGAAGCACCUUUGGCAGCGAUUACAGCCUUGAGUCUUCUUGGGUAUGAUGCUACAAGCUUUGGCACACCUGUAUUUGGGGAGUUUCUCCCAUUCUUCUCUGCAGAUCCUCUCAAGCUCUGUCAGGUUGGAUGGGGAGCGUCGCAGCACAGCUAUUUUCAGGUCUCUCCAGAGAUGUUCGAUCGGGUCCGGCUCUGGCUGGGCAACUCAAGGACAUUCAGAAACUUGUCCCGAAGCCACUCCUGCAUUGGUCUUGGCUCUGUGCUUAGGGUCGUUGUGCUGUUGGAAGGGGAACCUUCGCCCUAGUCUGAUAACCUGCUCCAGAGUGCUCAGGACUUCAUCAAGGAUCUCUCUGUACUUUGCUACGUUCAUCUUUCCCUCAAUCCUGACUAGUCUCCCAGUCCCUGCCGCUGAAAAACAUCCCCACGGCAUGAUGCUGCCACCCCCAUGCUUCACCGUAGGGAUGGUAUUGGCCAGGUAUUGAGCAGUGCCUGGUUUCCUCCAGACGUGACGCUUGGCAUUCAGGCCAAAGAGUUCAAUCUUGGUUUCAUCAGACCAGAGAAUCUUGUUUCUCAUGGUCUGAGAGUCCUUUAGGUGCCUUUUGGCAAACUCCAAGCGGGCUGUCAUGUGCCUUUUACUGAGGAGUGGUUUCAGUCUGGCUACUCUACCAUGAAGGCCUGAUUGGUGGAGUGCUGCAGAGAUGGUUGUCCUUCUGGAAGGUUCUCCCAUCUUCACAGAGGAACUCUGGAGCUCUGUCAGAGUGACUAUCGGGUUCUUGGUCACCUCCCUGACCAAGGCCCUUCUCCCCCGAUUGCUCAGUUUGGCCGGGCGGCCAGCUCUAGAAAAAGUAUUGGUGGUUCCAAACUUCUUUUUUUAAGAAUGAUGGAGGCCACCGUGUUCUUGGGGACCUUCAAUGCUGCAGACAUUUUUUGGUACCCUUCCCCAGAUCUGUGCCUCGACACAAUCCUGUCUCAGAGCUCUAUGGACUAUUCCUUUGACCUCAUGGCUUUUGCUCUGACAUGCACUGUCAACUGUGGGACCUUAUAUAGACAAGUCUGCCUUUCCAAAUCAUGUCCAAUCAAUUGAAUUUACCACAGGUGGACUCCAAUCAAGUUGUAGAAACUUCUCAAGGAUGAUCAAUGGAAACAGUAUCCACCUGAGCUCAAUUUCGAGUCUCAUAGCAAAGGGUCUGAAUACUUAUGUAAAUAAGGUAUUUCUGUUUUUUAUUUUUAAUAAAUUUGCAAACAUUUCAAAAAAUGUAAUUAUGGGGUAUUGUGUGUAGAUUGAUUAUUAUUAUUUUUAAUCCAUUUUAGAAUAAGGCUGUAACGUAACAAAAUGUGGAAAAAGUCAAGUAGUCUGAAUACUUUCCGAAUACACUGUAUUUGUUGGAACAUCUGGGGGUCCCUGAGGAAUGGUUUGGAAACCAUACACUAACAUCUGCCCCCCCCCUGCUCCCUGCAGUGGACGCCCUGUACAGGAACACUUAUCCGGAGUACCUGCAGUACAUCUACCUGGUGGCUCCUGUCUCCCUGAUGUUGCUCAAUCCCAUAGGGUUUGCCUUCUGUGAGGUCCAGAAGUGGAAGGACCACCCAGAGAGACAGCAGGGAAAGUUGCAGAUCAUCGGAGUGGUGCUGCUGCAGGUGAUUGCUUUUUUUUCUGUGAUCAAUAGUUUUUUGUUUGCAAAUUACAUUAAAUGGUGUUUUAUUCUUUAUUGGUCAAGGAACAUAUUUAACAUUCAAUAAAAGUACAAAAUAUGUAGGAAAUUAGAGUGAAAGGAUCUGUUAGCUAGCUGUGAUAAGAAUGAAAAACAUCCUAAUAUCACAGUGAGUAAUGAAGGUUAGAAAACAUGGUGUCAGGGUGUGUGUCUUAGUGGGUUAAAACAUGACAUGGUGUCAGGGUGUGUCUUAGGGGGUUAAAACAUAGUGUCAUGGUGUCUUAGUGGGUUAAAACAUGGUGUCAGGUUGUGUCUUAGGGGGUUUGGUUAAAACAUGGUGUCAGGGUGUGUCUUAGAGGGUUAAAACAUGGUGUCAGGGUGUGUCUUAGUGUGUUAAAACAUGGUGUCAGGGUGUGUCUUAAAACAUGGUGUCAGGUUGUGUCAUAGGGGGUUAAAACAUGGUGUCAGGUUGUGUCUUAGGGGGAUUAAAACAUUGGUGGUCAGGGUGUGUCUUUAGGGGGUUAAAACAUAAGUGUCAUGGUGUCCUUAGGGUGGUUAAAACAUGGGUGGUCAGGUUGUGUCUUAGGGGGUUAAAACAUGGUGUCAGGGGUGUUCUUAGUGGGUUAAGGGGGAAGAGGGGUUGAAGGAAACCCCCUUUUUUCCCAGGGUGUGUCUUAGUGGGUUAAACCAUGGUGUCAGGGUUGUGUCUUAGUGGUGGUUAAAAACAUGGUGUCAGGGUGUGUCUUAGUGGGUUAAACAUGGUGGUCAGGGUGUGUCGUAGUGGGUUAAAACAUGGUGUCAGGUUGUGUCCUUAGUGGGUUAAACCAUGGUGUCAGGGGUGUGGUCCUUAAGUGGGUUAAAAAACAUGGUGUCCAGGUUUGUGUCUUUAGUGGGUUAAACAUGGUGUCCAGGUUUGUGUCCUUAGGGGUUAAAACAUGGUGUCAGGGUGUGUCUUAGUGGGUUAAAACAUGGUGUCAGGGUGUGUCUUAGUGGUUAAACAUGGUGUCAGGGUGUGUCUUAGUGGGUUAAAACAUGGUGUCAGGGUGUGUUUUAGGGGGUUUGGUUAAAACAUGGUGUCAGGGUGUGUCUUAGGGGUUAAAACAUGGUGUCAGGGUGUGUCUUAGUGGGUUAAAACAUGGUGUCAGGGGUGUGUCUUAAAACAUGGUGUCAGGUUGUGUCUUAGGGGGUUAAACAUGGUGUCAGGGUGUGUCUUAGGGGGUUAAAACAUGGUGUCAGGGUGUGUCUUAGGGGGUUAAAACAUAGUGUCAGGGUGUCUUAGUGGGUUAAAACAUGGUGUCAGGUUGUGUCUUAGGGGGUUAAAACAUGGUGUCAGGGUGUGUCUUAGUGGGUUAAAACAUGGUGUCAGGGUGUGUCUUAGUGUGGGGUUUUUAAAACAUGGGGUGGUGUCUUAGGGGUUAAACAUGGUGUCAGGUUGUGUCUUAGGGGUUAACACAUGGUGUCAGGGUGUGUCUUAGGGGGUUAAACAUAGGUGUCAUGGUUGUCUUAGUGGGUUAAAACAUGGUGUCAGGUUGUGUCUUAGGGGGUUAAAACAUGGUGUCAGGGUGUGUCUUAGUGGGUUAAAACAUGGUGUCAGGGUGUGUCUUAGUGGGUUAAACAUGGUGUCAGGGUGUGUCUUAGUGGGUUAAAACAUGGUGUCAGGGUGUGUCUUAGUGGGUUAAACAUGGUGUCAGGGUGUUGUCUUAGUGGGUUAAAACAUGGGUGUCAGGGUUGUGUCUUAGUGGGUUUAAACAUGGUGUCAGGGUGUGUCUUAGUGGGUUAAAACAUGGUGUCAGGUUGUGUCUUAGUGGGUUAAACAUGGUGUCAGGUUGUGUCUUAGGUGGUUAACAUGGUGUCAGGGUGUGUCUUAGGUGGUUAACAUGGUGUCAGGGUGUGUCUUAGUGGGUUAAAACAUGGUGUCAGGGUGUGUCUUAGUGGGUUAAAACAUGGUGUCAGGGUGUGUUUAGGGGUUGGUUAAAACAUGGUGUCAGGGUGUGUCUUAGUGGGUUAAAACAUGGUGUCAGGGUGUGUCUUAGUGGGUUAAACAUGGUGUCAGGGUGUGUCUUAGUGGGUUAAAACAUGGUGUCAGGGUGUGUUUAGGGUUGGUUAAACUUGUCAGGUGUGCUUAGUGGGUUAACAUGGUGUCAGGUUGUCUUAGUGGUUAAACAUGGUGUCAGGGUUGUCUUAGUGGGUUAAAACAUGUGUCAGGUGUGUUUAGGUGGUACAUUGUCAGGUGUUCUUAGUGGGUUAACACUGGUGUCAGUGGAUAAUGUCAAGUGGGUUAACUGUGUCGUGUCCUAUAGUGGUUUCCUGGGUUAGUCGGGUUAGUGUACUGUAGGGGUUGGUUCCCUUUGCUAGUGGACUGUAUGUCUUUACUGUCGUCUAGUGGCUGGUGGUGCAUCUGUCUACUUGUAUUCUAUCCUUCUAGGUACUGUACCCGAUAGUGUUCAUGGUGGUGGUAGGGAUGGUUUCCCACUUUGCCCUGGGCCAGAGGAUCCCUGCUUUGAUGGAGGAGUUUGUGGACGGCCUGGCCAACUCCUUUGGAGGAGCAGCUCUCUUCUACUUGGGACUAUCUAUGGUGGGACAGGUGGGGAAGCUCACCAGGUCUACUGGAGUAACCCUUAUCCUCCUCAUCACUGCCAACUAGUGGAGAAUGCAAACACAUUCCUCAAGUCAUUAUCACCUAGUGUUGUACGUCGCGGGUACUGUCUGUGAGUACUGUCCUGUCUAGUGACUGUUGCAUGUAGUUGCAGGUACUGCCUGUCUAGUGGUACGUCCUGUCAGUGACUGCUGUCAGGUGUGAUGCCCUGUUAUGUACUUCCGUCCUAGUGGUACUCUGUCUAGUGAGUCCUGUGUGGACUAGUCAGGACGACUGUCCUAGUGUACUGUCCCGUCCUAGUGGUACUGUCUGUCCUAUGUUACUGUCCUAGUGGUAUUCCUGUCCUGUGUACUGUACGUCUAGUGUACGUACUGUCUUGUUACUGUCCCUGUCCUAAUGGUACUGUCCCUUCCUAGUGUACUGUCUUCCUAGUGGUACUGUAUGUCGUCCUAGGUUAUGUCUGUCCUAGUGUACUGUACUGUCCUAGUGUACUGUCUGUCCUAUGGUACUCCGUCCUAGUGUUACUGCCCUGCCUAGUGGUACUGUACUGUCCCGUCCUAUGUACUGUCCUGUCCUAGUGUACUGUCGUCCUAGUGGUACUGUAUGUCCUAGUGUACUUCCCUGUCCUAGUGUACGUCCUGUCCUAGUGGUACUGUCUGUCCUAGUGGUACUUGUUACUGUCCCUGUCCUAGUGUUACUGUCCUGUCCUAGUGGUACUGUACUGUCCUAGUGGUACUGUCCCUGUCCUAGUGUUACUGUCCCUGUCCUAGUGGUACUGUACUGUCCCUGUCCUAGUGUUACUGUCCCUGUCCUAGUGUACUGUCCCUGUCCUAGUGGUACUCCUGUCCUAGUGGUACUGUACUGUCCCUGUCCUAGUGGUACUGUCCCUGUCCUAGUGGUACUGUCCCUGUCCUAGUGUUACUGUCCCUGUCCUAGUGGUACUGUCCCUGUCCUAGUGGUACUGUCCCUGUCCUAGUGGUACUGUACUGUCCUAGUGGUACUGUACUGUCCUAGUGUACUGUCCCUGUCCUAGUGUACUGUCCCUGUCCUAGUGGUACUGUCUGUCCUAGUGGUACUGUACUGUCCUAGUGUACUGUCCCUGUCCUAGUGGUACUGUCCCUGUCCUAGUGGUACUGUACUGUCCUAGUGGUACUGUCCCUGUCCUAGUGUUACUGUCCCUGUCCUAGUGGUACUGUACUGUCCUAGUGGUACUGUACUGUCCCUGUCCUAGUGUUACUGUCCCUGUCCUAGUGGUACUGUAGUGUCCUAGGUACUGUCCUGUCCUAGUGUUACUGUCCCUGUCCUAGUGUUACUGUCCCUGUCCUAGUGGUACUGUCCCUGUCCUAGUGGUACUGUACUGUCCCUGUCCUAGUGGUACUGUCCCUGUCCUAGUGGUUACUGUCCUGUCCUAGUGUUUACUGUCCCUGUCCUAGUGGUACUGUCCUGUCCUAGUGGUACUGUCCCUGUCCUAGUGGUACUGUCCUGUCCUAGUGGUACUGUCCUCUAGUGUACUGUACUGUCCUAGUGGUUACUGUCCCUGUCCUAGUGGUACUGUCCCUGUCCUAGUGUUGUACUGUCUAGUGGUACUGUCUGUCCAGUGGUACUGUACUGUCCUAGUGGUACUGUCCCUGUCCUAGUGGUUACUGUCCUGUCCUAGUGGUACUGUACUGUCCUAGUGUUACUGUCCCUGUCCUAGUGGUACUGUACUGUCCUAGUGGUACUGUAACUUUACUGUCCUAGUGGUACUGUCCCUGUCCUAGUGUUACUGUCCCUGUCCUAGUGGUACUGUACUGUCCUAGUGGUACUGUCCCUGUCCUAGUGUUACUGUCCCUGUCCUAGUGGUACUAUGUCCCUGUCCUAGUGUUACUGUCCCUGUCCUAGUGGUACUGUACUGUCCUAGUGUUACUGUACUGUCCUAGUGGUACUGUACUGUCCCUGUCCUAGUGUUACUGUCCCUGUCCUAGUGUUACUGUCCCUGUCCUAGUGUCUGUCCUGGGUACUGUCCUGUCCUAGUGUUACUGUCCUGUCCUAGUGGUACUGUCCUAGUGGUACUGUCCUGUCCUAGUGGUAUGUCCUGUCCUAUGUUACUGUCCUGUCCUAGUGUACUACUGUCCUAGUGCUUCUCCUAGUGUACUGCCUAGUGUCCUAGUGUACUGCUUCUAGUGGUACUUCUGUCUAUGUACUGUCUGUCCUAGUGUGUCCUAUACUGUCCUGUCCUAUGUGUUUCCGAGUCCUGUCCUAGUGAUUCUGUCCUGUGGUACGUACCUCUAGUGGUACUGUCCUGUCCUAGUGGUACUGUCACCUGUCUAGUUUGUUAUACUGUCCUGUCCUAGUGUUACUGUGCCUAGUGGUACUGUCCUGUCCUAGUGUACUUAGCUGUCCUAGUGUUACUGUCCUGUCCUAGUGUACUGUCCUGUCCUAGUGUGUACUGUGUCUGUCUGUCUGUCCUAGUGUUACUGUCCUGUCCUAGUGUUACUGUCCUUUGUGUCCUAGUGUUACUGUCCUGUCCUAGUGGUACUGUCCCUGUCCUAGUGGUACUGUCCUGUCCUAGUGUUACUGUCCUAGUGGUACUUCUGUCCUAUGGUACUGCUGUUGUCCUAGUGUUACUGUCCUGUCCUAGUGGUACUGUCCUAGUGGUACUGUCCUGUCCUAGUGGUACUGUCCUAAUGUUACUGUCCUGUACUAGUGUUACUGUCCUGUCCUAGUGGUACUGUCCUAGUGGUACUGUCCUAUGUACUUCUAGUUGUUACUGUCCUGUCCUAGUGGUACUGUCUGUCCUAGUGGUACUGUCCUGUCCUAGUGGUACUGUCCUAGUGGUUACUGUCCUGUCCUAGUGUUACUGUCUGUCCUAGUGGUACUGUCCUAGUGGUACUGUCCUGUCCUAGUGGUACUGUCCAAUGUUACUGUCCUGUCUGUUACUGUCCUGUCCUAGUGGUACUGUCCUGUCCUAGUGUACUGUCCUGUCCUAGUGUUACUGUCCUGUCCUAGUGGUACUGUCCUAGUGGUACUGUCCUGUCCUAGUGGUACUGUCCUAGUGUUACUGUCCUGUCCUAGUGUUACUGUCCUGUCCUAGUGGUACUGUCCUGUCCUAGUGUUACUGUCCUGUCCUAGUGUACUGUCCUGUCCUAGUGGUACUGUCCUGUCCUAGUGGUACUGUCCUGUCCUAGUGUUACUGUCCUGUCCUAGUGUACUGUCCUAGUGGUACUGUCCUGUCCUAGUGUUACUGUCCUAGUGUUACUGUCCUGUCCUAGUGGUACUGUCCUGUCCUAGUGUUACUGUCCUGUCCUAGUGUUACUGUCCUGUCCUAGUGGUAGUGUCCUGUCCUAGUGGUACUGUCCUGUCCUAGUGGUACUGUCCUAAUGUUACUGUCCUGUCCUAGUGUUACUGUCCUGUCCUAGUGUUACUGUCCUGUCCUAGUGUUACUGUCCUGUCCUAGUGUUACUGUCCUGUCCUAGUGGUACUGUCCUAGUGGUACUGUCCUGUCUAGUGGUUAUGUCAAUGUUCGUCCUGUCCUAGUGUACUGUCCGCCUAGUGUACUGUCCUGUCUAGUGUUACUGUCCUGUCCUAGUGUUACUGUCCUAGUCUAGGUACUGUCCUGUCCUAGUGGUACUGCUGUCCUAGUGUUACUGUCCUGUCCUAGUGUUACUGUCCUGUCCUAGUGGUACUGUCCUGUCCUAGUGGUACUGUCCUGUCCUAGUGUACUGUCCCUGUCCUAGUGUUACUGUCCUGUCCUAGUGGUACUGUCCUAGUGGUACUGUCCUGUCCUAGUGGUACUGUCCUCCUAGUGUUACUGUCCUGUCCUAGUGUUACUGUCCUGUCCUAGUGUGUACGUGUCCUAGUGUAUGCUGUCUAGUGUAGUCCUAGUGUGUACUGUCCUGUCCUAGUGGUACUGUCAUGUCCUAGUGGUACUGUCAUGUCCUAGUGGUACUGUCCUGUCCUAGUGUUACUGUCCUGUCCUAGUGGUACUGUCCUGUCCUAGUGGUACUGUCCUAGUGUUACUGUCCUGUCCUAGUGGUACUGUCCUAGUGUACUGUCCUGUCAGUGUGUAACUGUCCUGUCCUAGUGGUACUGUCAUGUCCUAGUGGUACUUUCCUGUCCUAGUGUUACUGUCCCUGUCCUAGUGGUACUGUCCUGUCCUAGUGUUACUGUCCUAGUGUUACUGUCCUGUCCUAGUGGUACUGUCCUGUCCUAGUGGUACUGUCCUGUCCUAGUGUCCUAACACAGUGUUAUCUGUUUGUGUGUCCAUGUAGGCUGGUGAUGCCUCUUCUCUGUAAGGACAUGCUGGACCUGCUAGACUCUACAGGUUACAACAGCAGCUGUCUGAACCACUCCAGCCUGUCUAACUAUGCCUUUCUCUACGGAGUGUUCCCCACUGCUCCCAGCGUAGCCAUCUACGCAUCACACUACAACAUGGAGCUGGAAGUGGUGCGUUGAUACAGUACACACACACACACACACACACAUCACACUACAACAUGGAGCUGGAAGUGGUGCGUUGAUACAGUACACACACAUCACAACACACACAUCACACUACAACAUGGAGCUGGAAGUGGUGCGUUGAUACAGUGUACACACACACACACACACACACACACACACACACACACACACAUCACACUACAACAUGGAGCUGGAAGUGGUGCGUUGAUACAGUGUACACACACACACACACACACACACACACACACAUCACAGUAUAACAUGGAGCAGGAAGUGGUGUGUUGAUACAGUGUACACACCACACACACACACACACAUCACAGUAUAACAUGGAGCAGGAAGUGGUGUGUUGAUACAGUGUACACACACACACACACAUCACAGUAUAACAUGGAGCUGGAAGUGGUGCGUAUAACAUCAUUAAUUCAUCAUUUAUUUCUCAGCUAAUAGCCACCUUUUUAGACACCCAAGGCUUAUAAACACACAUCCACUCCAACAUGAGAUUCAGGGAUUUUUUUUCAUCAUGUAUCAGCCCAGCCUGGCUACUGACUCUCUCUCUACCUCUGUCUGUCCUACUGUAGGUGACGUCAGGGAUGGUGAUCAGCACGUUCCUGUCUGCCCCCAUCAUGUACGUGUCAGCCUGGCUCCUGACCAUCCCCCUGAUGGACCCCAAGCCCCUGGUCACUGAGCUGCAGAACGUUAGCUUCAACAUCAGCAUCGUCAGCCUGGUCGCCCUGGUGACAGUUCUUUCUCUCACUUUUCUUAUCUGGAUUAAUCUCUCUCUCUCUCUCUCUCUCUCUUUCUCUCUCUGUCUCUAGCAUGCUAUUUCUCCCCCUAUCUCCCCCUCUCUUUCUCUCUCUCACAUUACUUUCUUUCUCUCUGUCUAUCUUUCCCUCUCUCUCUCUCUUUUUCUACUUUCAUAUAGCUACAUGAAGGCCUAAUGAAGAAGACUGAGACUUUGAGACUGUUUUCCAUAGGCUUUUCACUUUGUGUAAAAGAUCUCACUUCACAGUAGAUGUUAUUAUCUGUGGCCUUUUGUGGUUUUCCUCCAUGUGUGGUCCGGUCUGACUCCGCUGAUUGAAGCAAGGGGUUGAGCAGGCUAACUGACUCCAUGGUGUUGAUCAGGGCUAACUGACUCCAUGGUGUUGAUCAGGGCUAACUGACUCCAUGGUGUUGAUCAGGGCUAACUGACUCCAUGGUGUUGAUCAGGGCUAACUGACUCCAUGGUGUUGAUCAGGGCUAACUGACUCCAUGGUGUUUGAUCAGGGCUAACUGACUCCAUGGUGUUGAUCAGGGCUAACUGACUCCAUGGUGUUGAUCAGGGCUAACUGACUCCAUGGUGUUGAUCAGGGCUAACUGACUCCAUGGUGUUGAUCAGGGCUAACUGACUCCAUGGGUGUUGAUCAGGGCUAACUGACUCCCAUGGUGUUGAUCAGGGCUAACUGACUCCAUGGUGUUGAUCAGGGCUAACUGACUCCAUGGUGUUGAUCAGGGCUAACUGACUCCAUGGUGUUGAUCAGGGCUAACUGACUCCAUGGUGUUGAUCAGGGCUUACUGACUCCAUGGUGUUGAUCAGGGCUUACUGACUCCAUGGUGUUGAUCAGGGCUUACUGACUCCAUGGUGUUGAUCAGGGCUAACUGACUCCAUGGUGUUGAUCAGGGCUAACUGACUCCAUGGUGUUGAUCAUGGCUUACUGACUCCAUGGUGUUGAUCAGGGCUACUGACUCCAUGGUGUUGAUCAGGGCUACUGACUCCAUGGUGUUGAUCAGGGCUUAACUGACUCCAUGGUGUUGAUCAGGGCUUACUGACUCCAUGGUUGUUGAUCAGGGCUAACUGACUCCAUGGUGUUGAUCAGGGCUAACUGACUCCAUGGUGUUGAUCAAGGGCUAACUGACUCCAUGGUGUUGAUCAGGGCUAACUGACUCCAGGUGUUGAUCAGGGCUAACUGACUCCAUGGUGUUGAUCAGGGCUAACUGACUCCAUGGUGUUGAUCAGGGCUACUGACUCCAUGGUGUUGAUAGGGCUAACUGACUCCAUGUGUGUUGAUCAGGCUAACUGACUCCAUGGUGUUGAUCAGGGCUAACUGACUCCAUGGUGUUGAUCCGGGGCUAAACUGACUCCAGGGCUAACUGACUCCAUGGUGUUGAUCAGGGCUAACUGAUCCAUGGUGUUGAUCAGGGCUAACUGACUCCAUGGUGUUGAUCAGGGCUUAACUGACUCCAUGGUGUUGAUCAGGGGCUUACCUGACUCCAUGGUGUUGAUCAGGGCUAACUGACUCCAUGGUGUUUGAUCAGGGCUAACUGACUCCAUGGUGUUGAUCAGGGCUAACUGACUCCAUGGUGUUGAUCAGGGCUAACUGACUCCAUGGUGUUGAUCAGGGCUAACUGACUCCAUGGUGUUGAUCAGGGCUAACUGACUCCAUGGUGUUGAUCAGGGCUAACUGACUCCAUGGUGUUGAUCAGGGCUAACUGACUCCAUGGUGUUGAUCAGGGCUAACUGACUCCAUGGUGUUGAUCAGGGCUAACUGACUCCAUGGUGUUGAUCAGGGCUAACUGACUCCAUGGUGUUGAUCAGGGCUAACUGACUCCAUGGUGUUGAUCAGGGCUUACUGACUCCAUGGUGUUGAUCAGGGCUAACUGACUCCAUGGUGAACAAUGCAGCUUUAAUUAAAGACGAUUUAUGUAUUUUAAUGGCUUUCUUAUUCUAAUCUACUCUGCAGAGACUUUUGGCAUCUUUAGUGGGUUCAAGCUGUGUUUAAACACUGAAUACACUGUUUGUGUUGUAGGUGUGGACCAUCGCUGUUAUUCUGCUCAGUAAGAAGUUCAAGAGGCUCCCACACAUGUUCGCUAUGAACCUCUUCCUCGCACAGGUUAUUACAUAUAUCCUUAAUAUACAUCCUGUGUUCUAUAUCAUAUAUGGAAGUGAUCUAUACUAAUGUGUCUGUCCAUGUAGUUCCUAGUUUGUGUCAGUAUGAUCCUGUGGAACUUCGUAGUGAAGCAGGAGAACAUCUUGGGACAGGUGUUGACAUUCACACUGCUCUAUGGAUCACUCUACAGUACAUAUGUCUGGACAGGUAUGUACCGUGUGUCUGGACAGGUAUGUACCGUGUGUCUGGACAGGUAUGUACGUGUGUCUGGACAGGUAUGUACACGUGUGUCUGGACAGGUAUGUACCGUGUGUCUGGACAGGUAUGUACCGUGUGUCUGGACGUAUGUACUGUGUGUGUCUGGACAGGUAUGUACCGUGUGUCUGGACGGUAUGUACCGUGUGUUGGGACUAGGUAUGUACCGUGUGUGUGUCUGGACGGUAUGUACCGUGUGUGUUCUGGGUACUGGUAUGUAACCGUGUGUGUUGUGGACUGGUAUGUACCGUGUGUCUGGACAGGUAUGUACCGUGUGUCUGGACUGGUAUGUACCGUGUGUGUGUGUGUGGACUGGUAUGUACCGUGUGUGUGUGUGGACUGGUAUGUACCGUGUGUGUUGUGGACUGGUAUGUACCGUGUGUGUGUGUGGACUGGUAUGUACCGUGUGUUGUGUGUGUGGACUGGUAUGUACCGUGUGUGUGUGUGGACUGGUAUGUACCGUGUGUGUGUGUGUGGACUGGUAUGUACCGUGUGUGUGUGUGGACUGGUAUGUACCGUGUGUGUGUGUGGACUGGUAUGUACCGUGUGUGUGUGUGGACUGGUAUGUACCGUGUGUGUGUUGGACUGGUAUGUACCGUUGUGUGAUGUGUGUGUGUGUGGACUGGUAUGUACCGUGUUGUGUGUGGACUGUAUGUACCGUGUGUGUGUGGACUGGUAUGUACCGUUGUGUUGUGACUGGUAUGUACCGUGUUUGUGUGUACUGGUAUGUUACCGUGUGUUGUUGUGUGUGGACUGGUAUGUACCUGUGUUGGGGUUGUGUUGUGACUGUAUGUACCGUGUUGUGUGACUGGUAUGUACCGUGUGUGUGUGUGGACUGGUAUGUACCGUGUGUGUGGACUGGUAUGUACCGUGUGUGUGUGUGGACUGGUAUGUACCGUGUGUGUGUGGACUGGUAUGUGUGUGUCACACCUGGAUACGGUGUACAGGAUCUGUGGAAUAACCCUGAGUUGGUUCUGUCUGUCUGUCUUACUAUAGGUCUCAUUCCUCUCUGUUUGGUUCUGACCAAGAAGGACGAUCUGCUGAGGCUUCCACCUGGGGUCUUCAUGGUCUUUGGCUGGGGGUACGUCGUGUGUGAAACAGUGUGUUGUAUGUUUGUGUUCGUCAAACUUAACCUUACAGUGUUGUUCUCUUCCACAGCAUCCCAUUCCUCAUCCUAGGAGGUCUGCUCCUGGCAGGAGAGAGGAUGCCUGAUACAAUAGACUCUGCAUUCUUCUAUGGCAGGGCUCAGGUGAGAGGCCACCUGUGGUUUUAGUUUACUGGAAUACAGAUCCACUGUAUAGUUCUCUCUGAGUUGGCUCCACUUUACAGAUCACAUAGAUCUGGAGCCAGUCCUAAUGUUUUUACACUUAUAUAUAUAUCUCCCUCUCUCUCCCCCCCUCUCUCUCUCUCUCCCCCCCCCUCUCUCAGAUCAUCAGUACUGCAGUUGUAGUCUCCUGCAGCAUCUUGGUGGGUGGUUUCUCUCUGAUGGGUCUCAGCCAGAGCACCAAGGAGAACCAGAACUACCAAGCCCUGGAGAGAGCCUCCAUCACGGGUACUAUAGAGGACCUGAGGUCCCCUGGACACCAGGAUGACCAGACCCCCCCACUGGAGCCCUCACCACCUGAGACCAGCAACAACAGAGGUAGCUAGCUAGACACGUUGUUGUUCCUUCUAGUUCUGUAAACUUGGCUGCAUUGGUUUAUUGGGGAUUUUGUUUACGAACUUCGUAUGUAAAAACCUAAACUUGCCAACCUAACAUAUUGUUAAACAGUGUGAGUAGUUUGCUGUAACUCAGAACUCUUGUCUGUGUGCUGUUGUCGUGCCCCCCCUCCCAGACUGUUGUAGUUGUACCCAGCCCAUGGCAGACAGGAUGGCCAGCGCCACCAGGAACCACACUCCCAUCUCUCCAACAGGUACAGGAAGACACAGUGAAUGACUACAGCUCUGGUUGGAGUUGUGUUCUAGGUUUAUGGGGCUGAUACUUCGGGCUGUGCUGACCUGUUGUUGACUGUGUCCCUGUUGUGUCCACUGUGGGUUGUGUUGACUGUGUCCCUGUUGUGUCCACUGUGGGUUGUGUUGACUGUGUCCCUGUUGUGUCCACUGUGGGUUGUGUUGACUGUGUCCCUGUUGUGUCCACUGUGGGUUGUGUUGACUGUGUCCCUGUUGUGUAAACUGUGGGUUGUGUUGACUGUGAUGCUGUUGCAAAACGUUUUGUUUUACGGUGUGCGCUAAUGGAAUACCACCCUGUUGACUGUUGUAUGGUACCCUCCAGGCCAGUGUGGGGUGCUGUGUGAAACCCAGCAGCAGCAGUCUAGUCCACCGGUCCAGGAUGACAGACAGCUGGUCAGACACGUACUGUUGUCUCUACUCCUCAUAGUCUCCCUGCUGGCUGUGAGUGGUAUAUCUUCUGCUCUGCUCUGUUCUGUUGUUGCUUGGCCGUGUCCCCUUUCUCUACCUACCCUCUUCCCUGAAGUGUGCACUAGUUCACUCCAUUCUCUACCCUCUUCCCUGAAUCGGCACUCGUUUACUCUGAAGUGUGCACUUUUCCCUCCCCCCUCUCAUGUCUCUCAGAACCUGUCCAGUUGUCUAUGGUGGUUGUUCAACCAGGACCCUGGUAGACUGUACCUGGAGCUGCAGUUCUUCUGUGCUGUGGCCAACUAUGGACAGGUACGCUCACGUGGGUAUUAGAUCAUGAGUAUAGAAAGGGACUUUCUGUUGCUUACUUUACCUCAUGUUUCUCAGGGCUUCAUUUCGUUCGGUAUCUUUGGCCUGGACAGGCAUCUGAUCAUUCUGCCGUUCAAGAAGAGGUGAGCUAAGAGCUACGUACUUACCUCAGGGAGAAUAGGGCGUCAAUGACUCCUUUCCAUCACACUCUGUUCAAAGCACCACCUCCUGUAUGUUGUAUUGUCCCGACAUUAGCACCACCUCCUGUAUGUUGUAUUGUCCCAACAUUAGCAUCACCUCCUGUAUGUUGUAUUGUCCCAACAUUAGCAUCACCUCCUGUAUGUUGUAUUGUCCCAACAUUAGCAUCACCUCCUGUAUGUUGUAUUGUCCCAACAUUAGCAUCACCUCCUGUAUGUUGUAUUGUCCCAACAUUAGCAUCACCUCCUGUAUGUUGUAUUGUCCCAACAUUAGCAUCACCUCCUGUAUGUUGUAUUGUCCCAACAUUAGCAUCACCUCCUGUAUGUUGUAUUGUCCCAACAUUAGCAUCACCUCCUGUAUGUUGUAUUGUCCCAACAUUAGCAUCACCUCCUGUAUGUUGUAUUGUCCCAACAUUAGCAUCACCUCCUGUAUGUUGUAUUGUCCCAACAUUAGCACCACCUCCUGUAUGUUGUAUUGUCCUAACAUUAGCAUCACCUCCUGUAUGUUGUAUUGUCCCAACAUUAGCAUCACCUCCUGUAUGUUGUAUUGUCCCAACAUUAGCACCACCUCCUGUAUGUUGUAUUGUCCCAACAUUAGCACCACCUCCUGUAUGUUGUAUUGUCCCAACAUUAGCAUCACCUCCUGUAUGUUGUAUUGUCCCAACAUUAGCAUCACCUCCUGUAUGUUGUAUUGUCCCAACAUUAGCAUCACCUCCUGUAUGUUGUAUUGUCCCAACAUUAGCAUCACCUCCUGUAUGUUGUAUUGUCCCAACAUUAGCAUCACCUCCUGUAUGUUGUAUUGUCCCAACAUUAGCAUCACCUCCUGUAUGUUGUAUUGUCCCAACAUUAGCAUCACCUCCUGUAUGUUGUAUUGUCCCAACAUUAGCAUCACCUCCUGUAUGUUGUAUUGUCCCAACAUUAGCAUCACCUCCUGUAUGUUGUAUUGUCCCAACAUUAGCAUCACCUCCUGUAUGUUGUAUUGUCCCAACAUUAGCAUCACCUCCUGUAUGUUGUAUUGUCCCAACAUUAGUCCCCAGGUUAGUGAGCCUGUGGCGGGGCAGGGAGAGUGAGGAGCCCCCCUCGGUGGUUCCAGAGGAGAUCAGGCUGGCCUGCACUCAGUUUGUCCGCUAUCAUAAAGACCAGUGUGUUCAGGACAUAGUGCCCAUCAGAAGGUAGGCCACAACAGAAACAUCAAUUAGGAUUUUUUUUGUAGCGUGAUUGCACUCAUAGGACAUGUGUCUGAUUGGUGCAGAAUCAAAGCUCUAGAAUCAAUAUGAAAACAGUUGACUCGUAAAUGCUACUGAUUUGAGUGUGCAGAUAUAAUAUUCCAUAACUUGCAUGUUACCUACUAGUUCAAAACUUUCUCUCUUAACAUUUUAUCUAUGCAUGGCGUAUGAUUUUACCCCAGCUAAUAUCUUGCAUGUUUCUACCACUAAUCCUGUCUUUAGAAAAUGCAUUGUACACUCUGUAAAUGGACUGAACUUACCACAGUCUUAUUCACUAAUAAUGCAUUCUGGUUUUGGAGUGGUACACAGUCCUUGUAGCUACUUUCACCUUUUUCAUUUCCUUACUGAACUCUCAUCCUCACUCCCACUAUCUCUUCUCUUUCUCUCUCCUCUUCCUCCAUCUCUCCACCCUAGUGCUUCUGGGGAAAGCCUGAACAAUGGGCCAGUAGGUGAAUCCUUCCUUUAAUACGCAGGUGUGAGGGAGAGAGGGUUCAGGAGAGGGAGAGCUCCAGGGAGAGACCUGGUCAGGGGACUUAUCCUCCAUCCCAGGCCCAGACUAAGGCCACUUUCCUGGGCAGUGAUCUGGUGGACUGGCUGGUGAGGGUGGGUCUGGCCCGGGACAGAGGGGAAGCCCAGCUCUAUGGGGCUCAGCUCCAGCAAGGAGGGAUACUGCAACACCUCACACACCAGUUUGGCUUCAGGGACGACACCCUCCUACACUACUGCUUCACUGAGAGGAGCUGGAAGCCACCGAUGGAGAGGAACAGCAGUAUGUCCCCCGUGGCCAUGUAACGUUCCCGGGGAGGGGGAGAACGGGGGAGAACGGGGGAGGAAGGGUGUAUCACUAUUCAGCAGUGUUGUUGUCAAGUCACUAAACCUUGACUCCUAAGUCCUGGAUUUGAAUAUUACAACACUGCUAUUCAGUAAGAUGAAACGCUCAGAAAGUUGCAGCUGGAAAUGUAACGAGAUAGAGCUGACACGAUUUAGCGUUCCCAUUUCCAAAUAUCAUUCAGACAAUCAUAUCUGUUCUAUGUGAUACAUUUCUAUCUGAACAUUUCUGUAACAUUUGCGCCCUCCUGAAUGGACCCCAGAAGAGAGAAAGAUGGUGUUUCCAGGCUCUGGUCAAUAGUAGUGCACUAUGUAG